UGGGGUUAUAUUCAUGUCUCUGUCUAUAUAUACUCAAGCACACACACACAAGCCUGUGUGAGGACUGAGCGGAGAUAUCGGGAGCAGAUUAAACUUGUACGUACUGAAUUGAACCAUAAGAAGAAACGUCAAUGGAUCCGCGGACCAGUCAGGGACGGAAGAAGGAACCUUGCCGAGGAGCCUGGAAACCCGAGGAAGACAAGAAACUGGUUCAAAUCAUUGAAUUACAUGGCCCCAAGAGGUGGAAGCUUAUUGCAGCCAAAGCAGGUCUGAAUCGAUGCGGCAAGAGUUGCAGACUGAGAUGGUUAAAUUACCUCAGACCCAAUAUCAAGAGAGGCAAUAUAUCAGACCAAGAGGAGGACUUGAUACUCAGGCUUCACAAACUCCUAGGCAACAGGUGGUCUUUGAUAGCUGGAAGACUCCCGGGUCGAACUGAUAAUGAGAUUAAGAAUUACUGGAACUCUCAUUUGAGCAAGAAGAUAAGUCCGAGAAAACAGAACAGAGGUUUCAAAAAAGAUUUAACGCCGGAGAUAACCACAUCACCCAAGAAAGCUGCACUUAGUGUUAGUAAUGAAGAGCAAGGUAACACUAAGGUGACGGAGGACUCGAAGUCUGGCUUUGUCGAAGACCGUGAAUUGUUCAUUCAUUGUAGCAGCGAAGGACCGAUAAAUUUGGAAUGGGUGGGCAAGUUUCUUGAAAUGGACGAAACUUGUUUUGGAUUUGCAGAUCAGUGAACUCCGUUAACUUUCCUAGUUUCCUUCUUGUCUGUCAAAGUUUCUGUUUCAGUGUUUGAUGUCUGGUUUAAUUAGGGAGGGGAUCGGAUUAUUCCGUGGUUUAAAAACAACCACCAUUGUUGCGUAAUUGAUGUCUCUUCUUCUGUGUCUCGGAAUAUUAAAGAAGAAAAGCCUUGUAAUCAAAUAACUAGUUGGAAUUAAUUUGA